AUGAACGAAAACGGAGGAUCAGACGAUAUAGGAAAAACGCGAGAGAGAAGAGAAGAGAAGAGAGAGGACGAGACGGAGAGAGAGAGGAGAAGAGAGAGAGAGAGAGAUGAGAGAAGAGAGAGAGAUAGAGAGAUGAAGGAGAGAGAGAGGAGAGAGGUAUAA